AGGCCAGUCCUGCCCACACACACACACACACACACACACACACACACACACACACAAAAUUAUACUCAUUUACACACUGCCAGCUGACAUGGACUAUGAGCCCAAGAAAAUCAAGAAGGGGUUUGUUUUACCAAUUAAGCGACUGGUCUUCCCAAAGUUGGCCCGGAGGCAGGCAGACAGGGGCAGUGCACAUCGUAGGCCUCUGCACACGGUGCCUCUUUACCCACCAGACUUUCUCAUCCAUCCUGAACGCCUCAUCUAUGACUAUGUGGAAAAGGAAGUGAAGUUUCUGGGUCAUCUGACAUGGGUGUCUUGCUCCCUAAACCCCUCCAGCAGAGACGAACUACUGCAGCUUCUGGACACUGCCAGGAAGCUGAAGGUCCUGCCUCUUCAGACGAAUGUAGAGCAGGACUGUAUCCUCAGUCUGUCUGCACGCUGUCUGCUGCUCACUUGGAGAGACAAUGAGAAACUACUGCUGCGAAUCCCCACGCAUGAGAUAGCUGCUGCCUCCUACCUGCGGGAUGAUGCCUUGCACCUGCUUGUGCUCAAAACAGGUUUGAAUGUGGACACCAUUAUAGCAGGGGACAGCCUUGAAAGAAGGCCUGCUGGUAUAGAAGGCCGCAGACAGACCAUGAGCAACGCUGACCCUCGGCCUGCAGGGGGCACCAUGGAGAGACGCCAUACCAUCUGUGGUGUGGACUGGAAGCCAUUGUCUCGCCAUGAGUCCAAGCAGCCUGGCACUGGUGUGGGUGGAGUAGGGUCUGCGGGUGGAGGAGGAAGCGGCAACAGUGGAGGUGGCAGUCUGGAACGGAGGCAGGUUGGGGGUAGCUGGGAGCGACGGCAAACCCACAAGCCAUGCGGAGGAAGCUGGGAGAAGAGACCCACGAGUGGGAGCUGGGAGAGACGGCUUGUAGGAGGCAGCUGGGAGCGCCGUGGUCCUGUGGGCAAAGGUGGAGGGGGUGUGGGGGGCAGUUGGGAGAAGAGACACGGACCUGGGGGAAAAGCAGGAGGUAGCUGGGAAAGGAAGCACGGGCAAGGGGGCAGCUGGGAGCGCAGGCAAGCCUUCAUGGGAAGCUGGGAGAGAGGUAAAACAUAUGGAAGUUGGGAGAGAAGGAACCACAAUCCACUGGAGCCCACACCAUGCCCUGAUGCUUACUGUAACCUGGUCGUACUGGCUGUGGAGAACAGGGAUGCUGCAGAGGAGUACUGUGCACUCAUCUGUCAGAUGUUUCAAAUCAUCUAUGGACAUCAGACCAUUGAGUGUGUGGACAGGGCAGGGUAUCACUACACCAUGCCUGACCGUUAUUGGCUACAGAGAAGUGACAGCUGUCUGACAGACAUGACGUAUAGCUAUGACACAGACUUCAGCUGCUGCAGCUCAUAUGAUGGCUCUCAGUAUGCCUUUGAACCAUACUACAGUGAGAACUACAGUGAGAAUUCAUCUCUUUCUUAUCAGGACUCGCAUCGCAGCCUGGCAUCCAUACCCAGUGACUCGGAACCCAGUAAUGCAAGCCUGCAGCUAAUGCAAGAGUACAUGAUUACGCUACGCAACAAGCUGUCUCCCCAGGAGAUUCAGCAGUUUGCUGUGUUGCUGAGGGAGUACCGUGUGGGUGCUCCCAUAAACCAGUUCUGCUCGGACCUGGCCCAACUCUAUGGAGACUCACGGAAGUUCCUCCUGCUCGGUAUGCGUCCCUUCAUCCCUGACCAGGAUGUGGGAACUUUCGAGACAUUCCUGGAAAGCAUUGGCAUUCGGGAGGGUGGGAUUCUGACGGACAGUUUCGGGCGGAUCAAACGGAGUAUGAGCAGCACGUUGGCCACGGCUGUGAGAGGCUACGAGGGAUCAUAUGACUUCAACAGUAGGAUGAGUGACAUCGCACAAGACAUCGAGGCCCUCGGAUUUGAGGAGGGAGAUGGAGACAUUGAGGAAGAGGACUACUACCUUUAAUUACUACCUAAACAGUUUAAAUUUUAAGUCCUUACUAAGGAUGAAUCGCUAAAAUAAUCAUUUCCAUUAUGAGAUUUUAUGUACUUUUAAAGAUUUAUACUAUAGUACACAUUAAGUUAUAGUUUUUUGAGGGGCCUCCCCAGCAGAAUGUCUCAUUCUGCCUCAGCACUAUCCUAUAAGGUGGGCUGAGGUGGUGGAAGAAUAAACAACCAUUUGCUUCUGGCAUAAAUACAGAAUAAACAAAAUUCAUGAAAUAUUUUUUUUUUAGGGACUUGAUUAAUGCAAAGUGUUCUAACUUUCACAUUAACUGGAUCUAAAUCCCCUUUGCACAUUGAAUAUGAGCAAUGUGAGCAAGCAUCUAAUUACCUACAGAUAACAGGAUGUUUACUAGGUUCUCUCAAAUUUCUGACCAGUUAUUAAAAAUAUUUCAUUAUCCAUUAAUACUUAUUCCACCACAAUGCAAAUGUGUAAUACCAAAUAGGAUGCACUGUUUCACAAAAACUACAGUUAGAGGCCAAGCAACGCAGGUGCAAGGCACCUAUUGUAUCCGUUAGUUUUCUUCUGCUUAUUAUUCUUCUUCCACUCUUGAGUCUAUGGCAGCCCAUAGAACCGCUUGUGGCAUGCAGAUAGAGGACAUUAACCAUAGCAAGAUUGGAACCUCUAUCUCAAACCCUCUAGCACCACCAACUGCUCAAAGUUUGACUCAAGUUUAUGCUAGUAACUUUUGAACCAAAAACUUUUGAAACAAAAUUCUUUUUUAUCUGAUUCCUCAGCUCAAGACGAUUUGAUUGCAUCCUAUGACAUCAUUUUUCUGUCAUAAAAUAUAGAAUUUUCUGAAAAACUUACUUUUUUGAACUCGUCCUAGACGGUAGGCUAUGUCCGAUUUUCACCAAAAUUGGUUCAGAUCAUCUUGAGACCAUGCUGGAAAGAAAUUAUUAAAAACUUUUUGAUAGACCAAACUGUUCUUGAAUAACACGUGAACAAAUUCAAAGGUGAGAGAAAUUUUUUAAACUGCUAAUAAUUUUUGCCUGCUUUUGCCUGUUCUCAUGAUAUUGGUCUUGAUAGAUUCCUUGGGUCAUGCUGAGAACAGUGAUACCAAUUAUGCCAUGGUCGGCUGAACUUCCUUUCCGCCAUUUUGAAUUGCUUUGAAAAUUUACUAUUUCUAACUCCUCUUAGAUCGUUGCUCCGAAUUUAACCAAAAUUGGCUCAGAACAUCAUGAGACCAUGCUGGCAAACGUUAUCAAAAGCUUUUUGAUAAGCCAAACCAUUCUCAAAUUACGUGCGGACGAAUUCGAUGGCGAUCAUGCCAAAAUGGACAUGAAGCUAUGUCUCUGUACUGCAUCAGCAUAUUCAGACCAAACUUAGUACCGAUCAUUGGCAUCAUGACUUGAGGGUACCCACAUUGUUUCGGAACAUUAUUAAAAAAUAUACUGCAGUUUCAAAAAAUGCUAAUAGCUUUUGAGUACUUUUGCCCAUUGCCAUGAGACUGGGCUUGAUAGAUUCCUUGGCUCAGGCUGAGAACAAUGAUACCGAUUAGGCCAUGGUCGGCUGAACUUGCUGUCUGCUAUUUUGAAUUGUCUAAAAAACCCCUACUUUUUCUAAUUCCUCCUAAACCGUUCGUCCGAUUUUACCAAAAUGUAAUCACAUCAUCUUCAUACCAUGCCGACAAAAACGUAUGAAACUCAAGCUGAUUUGUGUCAUGGUCAUCAUGACAUGAAGGUGCCUGCACCGUUUUGGAACAGCACCACCUAGUGUCCAUGAGAUAUGAAAAAAGCCAUUUUCGCUUAUAACUUCCAAACGGUUUGUCAUAAAAUCAUGACCACGCUAAAAUCACGCUUGCUUAUCUCCUUACUUUGCCUCUGUAGUGCUUGGCCCCGUAAUUUCUGCUGGUAGUUAUAUUUUUAAAUGUUACUGACAUACAGUCAUAGGCCAGUUUUUAUUAGGGGUUCCGCUUGUGGUUUCCUGGCCCUAAGCAACUACUUAUGUGACUUAAUUAGGAAGUUACAUGCCGGAAGUCGCACAGCUCUGUUACGCACACACGCGCACACACACACACACACACACACACACACACACGCGCACACACAGACACACAGACACACACCUGUGUGGAACAUAUCUUUUACGAGUGGAACAUAGCAUAGAUUUUUUCAUAUCUCAUGACCACUAGAUAGGUUUUGAGUAAGUGUUUAUAUUUAGAAUAACUGACAUGAAGAUAUAAUAGACUGACUAUUUAGAGUAUUUAUUUUAUGUUGAUAAAAGCAUGUACUGAAAAACUGAAAACAGCUACAUGUACACUGAGCUCUGAGAGCUUGGCUGACUCUGAUAUAGUGUCCCAUUAAAAACACAUUUCUUGUAUUAAACCUUAUUAAAUGUUAUUUAUAGCACCUUGUUUUAAUUUGGUGGUGACAUGAAUGUGACUGUAGCAAAGCACAUAACCAGCCAUUUCCAACAAAGUCUUUUGGAAUACAGUAAUGCUGUUCUAUUUUCUUCCCCAUAGUCUUAAUCCAGAAACAUCACCCUGAUUCAUGUAAAAAGUUGUUCACUUGGUCAUGAAAACAAAAUAAAGACAAAUAUUUCAACAGGUCUCCCCACUCCCCAAUAGGAUGAUCAGUGUAAGUUGUUAGUAUUUUAUUUAAAGAUCUUUUUUUUUCAUUUAGUACUGCCCUUCAGAUACUAAAUAAGAUAGUUACAUGUCAUCCAGAAGAGAAAAUACUAACAAUUUACACCAAUCAUCCUGUUCAAAAGUUUACAUCCCCCUGGCUCUUAAUGUAUCGCGUUACCUUCUUGAGCAUCAGUGAAUGUUUGCAAUAUGUUUUUGUAAUAGUUGUGUACAAGUCCCUCAGUUGUCCUCAGGCUGAAAAGAUGGAUCUCAACAUCAUAUAGCUACUGUUAGAAUGGGGUCAAAUAUACAGAAGAUGCUGGAAAAGCAAAGAAUGUGCUGGAGGAUUUUUAUGAAGAACAGUGGGCAGCUUAACUGCUCAGGACAAACAAGGGACUCAUGAACAACUAUCACAAAACACAACAACUGUCAUGGAUCACCCAAGUAACGACACAGUAUCAAGUGUAUGUAAACUUAUGAACUGGUUCCUUUUGUGGAAAUUCAGUUAUUAUUGUGUCUUGUGGACUAGAUGUAAACAUCUUUUAUGUGAAAUAGCUUAUUCAGUGCAGAACUAAAUAAAAAACUAAAUGCAAUUUUUAUGAUCCCUCUUACUAUUUUUUUUUUGUACAAUUAUUAAC